AUGUCACGUCCAUACGAGUUCGCCGAGGAAUCUACCACCAAGUCCCCACUUGAUCAACGGCGGCCAAAUCCAUUCCCUUCCGGGCAACCUCCGUCAUUCAAAACCAACGUUAAUCGUGCGAAGACGAAACGAUGGGUGGAAGCAAAGUCAUACUCAUAUGAUGGGGAUGACUGGGGUGAUUAUGAUGAGGUCGAUGAAUAUGGCGCAAGUCAGGCUGCACAAAAUGCAAUACCAGCCGUUCCAACAGGUUUGAGACAGCAAGGCCAAGGUCUCAAUCCAGGCCAGGGCCAAACGCGCAGUUUCACAAACCCAGAGGGUCCUUACGAGGGUCAUCAAGGGCCUCCUGGACCUGCCCGGAAGCGUUCAUUUGAUGCCGGUGAGGAACAGCGGAAGUUCUCCACGGGUAGUUAUCCCGCGCCAGUUCCAAAUCAACAGGGCUUUCCACAGCUUCCCCAGGGUGCGAAUCCUCCGCGACACCUAGGACCUGGUCAACCACCUCUACAACUGGACACGAUAACUUCUAGUCCGGCCGCAUACGGGCCUGCGGAUUCGCGGAACAGCGCUAAAGCUGAGUCUCGAUCAGCGUCGCUUGCUCAUUCAGUUGUCAGUGAUGCACCUUCAUCGGUGAACCCUGAACAUCGAAGAGACUUCUCUCCCUCAGCUAUGGUUCAACCUCUACGCCCCUCUCCAUCACCAUCAAUGCCCCCGAGCGCAGUCGACUCGCCUGGUCAGGCGCGUUUCCCUCCAAGGAGGAGUAGCGUGAGCAAAAGCCAACAGGACUCCCCGGCACCACAAGCUCCUGGGCCGUUUCCUGCACCACAGAGCGAGCAAGGCUCGUCACAGGCGCCACCUACUCAUUCAAGUCAACAGGCUACAUCGCCGAGUAAUCCUGCAAAACCUCUUCCAUUUAUCCGUCCAUCCGACAUCUACAAGCGGAUGGAAGAAGAACGAGCAAAGGAGCGGGCCAGUAUGGAUUCAGAGCGUCCAAGUAUUGAUUCCGUUGGUGGUAGAUCUGGCGAAGACGCUGCGUCACCUGCACCCAGCGGAAAGGGUCCAAAGGAACGGACGAGUUUCGAGAGCCUUGGUCGAAGUCCCGGAAGGCGACCCAGUCUAGGAACGGUCAGCGAAACUAUGAAAGUGGAGCCAAGGCCAAGGGACAGAAGCGAAAGCCAGAACCGCCGUGGAACUCCAGCGUUGGAAAGGGUCGAGGAGCGUAAGAGCGAAUAUCUCCCAGAGUAUGACGCCAAUACCCUACGUGAACAGCCUACCGGAAUCCAGAUCUCGGCCACUAUUCCCCCUACAUCCGGGACUACCUCAUCAAAUCCGGACCCAUAUGCACUCCCUCAAUGGGAGCAACCGCAGUCGAAUUUCAGUGAUGAAUUUUGGUCCAACAGUGGAUGGAAAGAAGGGUCACCAGUUGAUUCUCGAUCAGCGCAGUCUGCCUUGCCUCCAAACCCACAAUCUGACCAGCCUAUCUCUAAUCAGGCAGCGAAGCCGCUCGAGCACACGCCUUCCCUAGGGUUCCGAUCAGCAGUUGACACUGCGUUCACUGCCGCAGAACCUCAAUCCGCCGUUGAUACUGAUACCGACGUGUCUCGAAGCAAUACUGUCAGCACGUCUGAGAUUUCUCCGAUCACUAGCAAGCUCCCUGCAUCCCUGGAUACUUACCAUCCUACUUCCAAGCACCCGACAAUUCCAGAGGACGGACGGGAAGAGCCACAAGUGUUGCCUCUACAUCAACGCCAUGAAAGCCUAGAGACUCCCAAAGCUGCCCAAUUCACUCUACCCAGAAAACCGAGUCCGGUCAAUACCCCGAGUCACUCAAGGCACGCCAGUGCUGAAUUUGUUCCGGGCUAUAGAAGAGAUUUGAAUACCCCAAGUCCAAACAAUUCACCUGCCCGUUCUCCCGCGUUAGCACCACAGAAAGAGCUUUUUAAGCCAAGUGAGGCUGAAUUGGAUACCACGUCGCCCGUGGAACCCCAAGAUGUUUCCAAACAACCACACCGCGCAACUGAUCUCGACAAACCACUUCCUGCACCAGUUCCAUCUAUCCUACCUCUCGGUUCAGGUCCUCGUAGCAGAUCGGUCAGUCCGGUCAAGGACUCCCAGUCGAGCAGUCGAGCUGGAAGUCCAACGAAGAGUCGCGUGAGAGAUCUUGCCGUGCAGUACGAGAAACGGGGAUCAGUCAGCAGCAUCGAUUCAUGGGAGCGGCCAGACAGUAGGCCACCGAGUCGACCACCAAGCAGACCUGAGCCUACUCAAACUCAACCGGAAGUGCAACAAGCAUCCGAAGAAACUGCACGUCCACGCGUUCCAGGGGCCUGGAUGAGCUAUACAACGAACCAGUCCAGCAGCAGGACUGGAAGUCGGGAUAACCUAAGCUCAGACCCUUCGGCCAUUGACGCAGUUGUCAGGGAGGGUCCAGUGGAAGAGCAUACUACAUCAACCGGCGGUUUAAGUCUCUCGGAUGAUGCCUACAAAUUCAUUCAGGAGGAAGAGAAAGAGCGGAAAAAGAUCAAGCUCACUGAAGAUCCGGUUUCAACUCUUGCCACGGCCGGAUCUGCCCUUGGGGCUGGCGUCGUAGGCGCACUUGGUCUCAGCAAACAUUCGAACAAUGGCGACGAUGAGAAGCCGCCAUCUGUUCCGGAGAAAGAUACAGGCUCACCGAAGGAUGUCCGAAACAUGAGUGACCAGUUGACCGAUGAGAUUGAGCGGCGGCUCAGUUCUUUUGAUUCCCAUGCAGAGUCUCACUAUUCUCCUGGCCAGCCUGCUGCCGUUCCGACGCAUCUCGAUCCUUCUGCAGCAGGUCCAGCUCAUGACACCAACAGGGACAGUUCCGUGCUUCCUAGCGAGUAUGACAGCUACUGGGCAACUGGUCCGAGCAUUGAGUCAAAGCCGCCUGAGCCUCAUGGCCUUGGUGUCAAUGUUCCAAGUCAGGAGGCACUGCCUCCAGCAGUUCCUGUGAAGGACGAGCCUGCAGUGUCCAACCCCCCGCUUCUGAAAAAACGAUUUAGCUGGGAGCAGUCAUUUGAUAACGUUGCUGACCUUGGGCUCACCCCACCACCUUUCUCGCCUGAUACGGAUUCGAAACCUACGCAAACGGUAUCGUCAGCGCCCAGCCAACCUACCAUGCCACAAGCUCAAGCAUCGGGUAUACUCCAAGAACGGACUGGAGAGACGCCUGUUCAAAUAGGCGCUUCCACUCCAUUUGAUAGCCUAGACUCGAUUCAACCUACGCCGAAGAGCGCAUUCAUUGCACCGUCUGACCGCGAGCCCCCAUCCGUGGAAGUCAGCCUUCCGCCAGGAGCUUCACAGACUCCCGUACACGAACGCGAGCCCCUAAGCCCCUUGAGCGCUAUGAGUGGAUCUCACCCCAGCAACUUGUCGGCAAGCGACACCAGCCUGGGCAAGGAAGCUGGCGAUCCAAGUCGCACUGUCUCUCCGAUGAAGAGCGAUGAUGGCCUACAUCUCGUUAGUGUCCAGUCAAACAUCGAAAAGGACAGCGACAACGACAAAGAAAUCUUGCCUGCGCCUCAUGGUUCUACCCCGCAUCCCUCUGAGAAGAACGCGGAUGAUAUCCCAACGCCAACCUCCGUGGGAGGUGCGCUACCUCAACCAUCCGCGAACCGCGACAGUGCACCUGCGAAGGCGCCCCCAACGUUCCGUGAAAUCUUGGCAAUCAAGUCCACGCCAGACCGAAUCCAGGCGUACAGCAAUACUCGCGAGCAAUUCGCGUCUACCGACACGGGAAUCGGGUCCUGGCUUGACGAGACCGUCGCAACUUAUCCGGAGCAUCAAAGUUUGGCCAGCUCAGUCUGGCAAUCCCAGGCUAAUCAGUCAGGGCCGAUGGCCGGGCAUACACUCCCUACCCCGCCUGGCGUAGAACGAGGUCAUAAGAGCAGUCCUUCAUUGUCAAGAUUCGGUCUCGGCGCCCUGACAGGCGGGGGUAGUACAAGCGGUCAGACGCCAGGUCCUAGCUUUUCCGCCAGCCGCCGAGUAUCCAGCAAUCUCGCCUCCUCGUCCCCGACGGGCGGGGAUGGGGCUGGACAAUCGGAAGGCAAGGGGCAACAGAUUGGGAAAGACCUGUUGCACAGUGCUGGCAUUUUGGGUGGCAAGGCUGGAAUUUUGGGCGGGAAGGCUACCACGGGAGCAAAGGGCUUGCUCGCGAAGUCGAAGAACCGGUUCAAACAUGGCGGAGACAAGGUCGGUUAA